AUGGCGCACAGCUGUCGGUGGCGGUUCCCCGCUCGGCCCGGAGGGAGCAGCAACUCCGGUACCGGGAGGAGAGCGGGCCGAAUCAGGGUUACUGCCUCUCUGCGGAGUGUCUCGGGAGCCCACCCCAACGCAGCUGGGCUCGGACCCGGGUUUGAUGCUGCACUACAGGUCUCCUCGGUUAUCGGGAGCAACCUGCAGAAAUUUCGGGAUGUUUUGGGGGAAUCGAGCGACUCGAGCAGCGGGGAGGAAGAAGCAUUUGGAGGAUUUGGAACAGUUGUUGAGCAGAAAAGAGUACAGAGCCCUUCAACAACCUCUUCAGUGGGCCCACCCAUACAGGAGAAGAAGCCCAGAGGCCGACCCCCACGGGCCCUUACUGCCCAGAAAGCUGCUGCAAGUCUACCUUCCCCCUCCACAAUUCCCUCCCCCACACAGGCGAAACCUGAGGGCCCAGAAAGGCCAGCUGAGAAGGUGAAAAGGCUGCCUGGGAGGCCACCUGGCACCGGGGAAAAGAGAAGAGGUCGACCCCCAUCUUCAAGUAGCAAGAAAGCUUGGAGUACAGGCAGCCAUGCAGCAGGAGAUGACAGUAGGCAGGUUGGGUCUGAGUUGGGCAUAGACACAGAAGAGGAUAAGGAUAGAAAGGGCGCCAAGAGGACGCCACUGGGCUCUGCUCAGCCUCAUGAGAGUGAGGCUAAGCUUCCCAAAGGUGGGCGGGGUGAAUCCAAAGUUGCCAACCUGAAGAGGCUGAGAGAGACUAAACUCACCCCUCUCAAGUCACGGCUCAAGACUUUGCCUGGUGUACCCCGACGCAGACGUGGGCGACCGCCCUCAGCUGAGCGGCUUAAAGCUGAGGCAGCAGCUGCUGCUGCACAGCUGUCUACCUCCAUUGAAUGUGGGGAAGGGAAACACAAGGCCUUUAGGAGCAGAGGGGGGGACCGAGGCACAGAACCACACAUUCCCCAGCAGUCCAUGCUGAGGAAUGUGGAUGGAGCUGAGGACCAGGACUCUUCCAAUCCACCUGCCUCCCCAUCUCCCUCCAAGCCAGGCAGGACAGUGGGCCUCAGAAAAAGCCCUCGCCAUAGAAAGCCUGUUAGAAUUGUCCCCCCUUCGAAACGCACCGAUGCAACCAUCGCUAAACAGCUGCUGCAGCGUGCUAAGAAAGGAGCGCAGAAGCGAAUGGAGAAAGAAGCUGUAGCCAUAGGGAGUAGUGGGGCAGGAACCAUUGAAGCUGGCAUCAGGAAGACCCAACUGAAGAACAUCAGGCAAUUCAUCAUGCCUGUGGUCAGCACUGUCUCCCUUCGCAUCAUCAAAACCCCCAAGCGAUUCAUUGAAGAUGAGGGAAGCUUUGGACCCCCGCCACCCCAUAUGAAGAUGCCACGGUUAGAAACAACCCCCUCAUCUGUCUCUACAUCUGCCCAACUCACCUCUACCACCUCUUCCCCCUCUCCUGUGCUGGUUUCCUCUACUGCUGCAGUUACUAGCACUGGUACCACUGCUCCAAUUGACUCCCUCCCCCCACCUCCACCUCCUGCCCCUAUCCCAACUGUUCCAUCAACAGCUGCCAGUCUGCUCAACAGCAACACCAACAAUGCCACCAACGGGCGAUUUAGCAGUAGCGCAGCCUCUUGCGGCUCAAGUGCUGUGUCGCAGCAUUCCUCCUCUGCAGAGUCUUCCAGGUCGAGCAGCCCAAGCUUGGAUGACUCAUCAUGUGACUCCCAGGCUUCUGAGGCCACACAGGCUUUGUCAGAGCCAGAGGAUCACUCUCCGUCCUCGCAAGGAGAGAGGGAGGGCAACCUGUUGCACAGCUCACGGCCUCCUUCCCCUCCUUCUGAGCCAGAGCCUGAGCAUGUCUUGGCAGAGAGGAGUCGACGCGGCCGGAGAGGACAGGGGGUCGGCCGGGGAAGUCAGAGCCAGAGGGUGAGGGAGACUCUCAACACUGGGCCUAAAAAGCCUAUCAUCAGCCCACCAACAGGAGUGCUAAUGUCCUCGUCUACACACGUAAAUUCCCAGCAAGCUUCAUCUACAGCUUCCUCCUCUUCUUCACCUCCCCCUCCCCCUCUCCUCACACCUCCACAGCCUCCCCAGUCAGCCUCCUCCAAUACAGCUGCUAUCAGUGAACACCACCCGCAGUCACCCUGGAUGCCUCAUCCCAUCCCUCCAUUUCUGUCUGGAUCGUCAGUGCUGUCUAGCUUGUCAGACAAACGAAGCCGCUCAAUUCUAAGAGAGCCCACCUUCCGCUGGACGUCUUUGUCCCACCCUGAGCAGCAGCAGUACUUUUCCUCUGCUAAAUAUGCCAAGGAGGGCCUCAUCCGUAAGCCCAUAUUUGACAACUUCCGUCCCCCCCCCCUCACAGCUGAAGAUGUGGGGCUGUUGCCCCAAAGUGUUAGCGGAGCAGGGGGAGCGGCUCCUGUGGCAUUCCCUGCACCAGGUAGUGGAGCAGGAACAGGAACUCGUCUAUUUGCCCCUCUUCAUCCACAUACCCACCACCAACAUCCCUCUUCAUCCCGUUUUGAUGCACCACUCCAGAAGCGAAGCCCAUUGCUUCGUGCUCCACGCUUUACACCCAGCGAGGCCCACUCUCGGAUAUUUGAGUCUGUUACCCUGCAGUCAUCUUCUGGGAGCGCCCCCGGCUCUCUUUCCCCACAUCAGACAUCCUCUAGCUCCAGCAGAAUAUCGCGGCGCAGGAAACGACUGAUCGCUGGAACACUACGUGGCCAUCCACGGUCUCCUUCCCACUCAAUGACCAGACGCAGCAGCCAAAUUGGAGGCCAGAUAUCUGUGGGGAAAGGCUCCUCUGAGAUGUCUGUGCUGACAGGCUCUGUCUCCAGUAGUAACCCCAGCUCUUUGCCAGGGGUCUCUGCAAGUCCACUAGCCACUAGUGCCUUAACUCCUGCUUCUUUCAGCACCUUCUCCAUGGGUCUGGCCUCACAAGGGACACCUGAAAGCAGGAGAGGGGCUGCUGUAAACCCACCUCCUAUGUCAACCACAUCAUCCACUUCUUCCCCACUUUUCCCUCUCUUUCCUUCCAGUGCCCAGGACACAGGGCGAGGAGCUGGGAAAGGAGGUAAAGAAAAAAGCUUACCAGCUCCCCAGGAACCUGCUGCAAAGGAAAAAGAAAGAGAUUCAGAGAAAAACCGAGAGAAAGAGAAGGAGAAUAAGAAGGAAGGGAGGAAGGACGGAAGGGACUCAGAAGAUGCUCUUUCUCUUGCUCCUAAAAAGGCUCCAGGGAGAAAAAAAUCAACCUCGGUUGACAUGGUUUCUGACACUGCCUCCUCAGAGGUGCGUGGGCUCCAUUCCACUGUUCCCAUGUCCAUUGCUAAAGGACGUUUACCUAAGAAAGGCAGACCCUCUGAGAAAGGAGCAGAGAUGGAGGAUGGGGAAAAGGAGAAGGAGAAACAAAGUGCUCCAGGCCAGCAGACAGCAAGCCUUCAAGGACAGCCAGGCAGACAACAACUCCCUGUCUCUUCUCUUGGAUCAAUGUUGGCACAAGCAGAGAAACAGCCAGUAACUGACAAGCGGGUAGUGGGACUACUGAAAAAGGCCAAAGCCCAGCUCUUUGAGAUAAAGAAGAGUAAGCUGAAGCCUGCGGACCAGACCAAGGUCCAGGGUCAAGAGAGUGACUCAUCAGAGACCUCAGUCCGGGGUCCACGCAUCAAGCAUGUGUGUCGUCGUGCAGCUGUGGCUCUUGGCCGUAAUCGGGCAGUGUUCCCUGAUGAUAUGCCCACACUUAGUGCCUUGCCCUGGGAGGAGAGAGAGAAGAUCCUAUCUUCCAUGGGGAAUGACGACAAGUCAUCAGUAGCAGGCUCCGAGGAGGCAGAGCCUCAAUCCCCUCCCAUAAAGCCACGGGAGACACGGCAAAAGGCCGUUCAAGAAGCUCCUCCGAAGAAGGGGCGUCGAUCACGACGCUGUGGCCAAUGUUCAGGCUGCCAGGUUCCGGAAGAUUGUGGUGUCUGUACCAACUGUCUCGACAAGCCCAAGUUUGGAGGACGAAACAUUAAAAAGCAAUGUUGCAAGAUGAGGAAGUGUCAGAACUUGCAGUGGAUGCCCUCCAAGAUGUUUCUUCAAAAGCAAGGCAAAAGCAAGAAGGACAAGAAAAAGAACAAGUUGUCCGAGAAGAGGGAGGGUCUCAAUCCGGUUAAAGGACCAAACUCAGAGUCUGGCCCUAAACCUUCUCCUGCACCACCAAAGGAGGAGCCUCCCCGCAAAAAGAGUGAAACUCCUCCUCUAAAGGUGGGAGAAGAGAAAUCAAGACAGCAGCCAUCAUCAAAGCAAUCAUCUCCAGCCCUCACAUCGUCCCCUGCCCCAGUCGAACCCCCUCAGGCCCCUGGCACAGUCACAGCCCAGGCUCAGUCUCCAGCCCUGACACCAGACCCCAAACAGCUCUCAGUCACGAGCGGUGUCACCACCCAGAAUUCCCCCUCUCAGUCUGCGCAAUCCCAUCAAGCGUCUCAACAGCAGCAACGGCCUCUUAUGAGUCAGGCACCGCCCAAAAAAGAUUCCUCACCCAAGAUUCCUCUGAGUGAGUCCAAGAAGAAGCCCCAGCAGCACUCAUCCCAACAGCAGAGUUCAACAAAUAUUUCAGAUACAGUUGAAUCAAAACAGUUGAAGAAGACAACUUCUCGCACUGUUCCUCCAUCUCCCAAACAGAGACCAAAAGACAAGCCGCUGACCACUAAACCCCCAAGCAGUAGUACUUUAAACUGGCUGAGCACUCCCUCGACUAGGGGCCAGGUGAAGUCCAGAGCGCCCUGCGACGGAGUGCAUCGUAUCAGAGUGGAUUUCAAAAGGGACCAUGAUGUGGAGAAGGUGUGGGAGGCUGGUGGCCUCAGCCUGCUCACCUCUGUGCCUGUCACACCCAGGGUGCUCUGCUUUUUAUGUGCAAGCAGUGGAAAUGUUGAGUUUGUCUUCUGCCAGGUAUGCUGUGAACCGUUUCAUCUCUUUUGCCUGGGGGAGUCAGAGCGCCCUCUCCAGGAGCAGUUUGAGAACUGGUGUUGUCGACGAUGCCGGUUCUGCCAGGUCUGUGGGCGCCAGCACCAGAAAACUAAACAGCAGCUGCUAGAGUGUGAUAAGUGCCGUAACAGCUAUCACCCGGAGUGCCUGGGUCCCAACCAUCCUACCAGACCCACCAAGAAGAAGAGAGUCUGGGUUUGCACCAAGUGUGUGCGCUGUAAAAGUUGUGGAGCCACUAAACCUGGGAAGUCCUGGGAUGCCCAAUGGUCACAUGACUUCUCCAUGUGUCAUGACUGUGCCAAACUCUUUGCUAAAGGGAACUUCUGCCCACUGUGUGAUAAGUGCUACGAUGAUGAUGACUACGACAGCAAGAUGAUGGAGUGUGGUCGUUGCAACCAUUGGGUUCAUGCCAAGUGUGAAAAUCUGACAGAUGAAAUGUACGAGCUGCUGUCAAAGCUGCCAGAGAGUGUUGCCUACACUUGUACCAAAUGUACUGAACGCCACCCAGCUGAGUGGAGGACAGCGUUGGAGAGGGAGCUUCAGGGCUGCAUUCGCCAUGUCCUCACUGCACUGCUCAACUCACGCACAUCCACACACCUGUUGCGCUACAGACAGGCGGUGAAGCCUCCAGAGCUGAACCCAGAGACAGAGGAGAGUCUUCCAUCCCGUCGUUCCCCGGAGGGUCCCGAUCCUCCAGUCCUGACAGAAGUCACCCCCACACCUCCCAGUGACUCCCCUCCAGACCUGGAGUCUGUUGAGAAAAAGAUGGUUCAAGGCCGUUACAAUUCAGUGCUGGACUUUAGUGACGACAUAGUGCGGAUCAUUCAGACAGCCAUCAACAGUGACGGUGGUCAGCCUGAGAGUAGGAAAGCCAACAGCAUGGUCAAGUCUUUCUUUAUUCGGCAAAUGGACCGAAUCUUCCCGUGGUUCAAAGUGAAAGAGUCCAGGUUCUGGGAAAGGCAAAAAGUCUCUGCCAACAGUGGGCUCCUUCCGAAUGCUGUGCUGCCUCCAUCCCUGGAUCACAACUAUGCCCAGUGGCAGGAGAGACUGGAGCUUUCCCGCGCUGAGCACCCACACCUCAUGAAAAAGAUCAUCCCAGCUCCCCGGCCCAAGACCCCCGGUGAACCAGAUUCUCCAGCCUCUCCACCUUCACUCCCUCCCUCUCUUCCCCCACCACCCCCACUCCUACCUGAUCGUGAAGACAGCCCAGAGCUCCCUCCGCCGCCAGGUGUUAGUGAUAACAGGCAAUGUGUUCUGUGUCUGAAGUAUGGAGAUGAGAACACUAACGAGGGUGGCAGGCUGUUGUACAUUGGUCAGAACGAGUGGACCCAUGUAAACUGUGCCCUGUGGUCUGCUGAGGUGUUUGAGGACGACGAUGGCUCACUGAAAAAUGUUCAUAUGGCUGUUCUCAGGGGAAAACAGUUGCGCUGUGAGAAGUGUCAAAAGCCAGGGGCCACAGUUGGCUGCUGCCUCACCUCUUGCACCAGUAACUACCACUUCAUGUGCGCCCGUCAGUGCCACUGCGUCUUCCUGGAGGACAAAAAAGUCUAUUGUCCAAAGCACAGGGACCUCAUAAAGGGAGAAGUGGUGUCUGGGUUUGAGGUGACCCGCAGGAUCCUGGUGGACCUGGAGGGCAUUAGUCUCAGGAGGAAGUGGCUUGCAGGACUGGAGCCUGAAAAUGUCCACAUGAUGAUAGGCUCCAUGACCAUUGAUUGUUUGGGGAUACUGACUGAACUCUCAGACUGCAAACGCAAACUCUUCCCUGUAGGAUACCAAUGUUCAAGGGUGUACUGGAGUACUUUGGAUGCUCGAAAGCGCUGUGUGUACACCUGUAGGAUCCUAGUUUGUCGACCUCCAGUGGUAGAGUCUGACCUGAAGAGCAUGAUUGCUUCUGAGGAGAACCGUACAAUAGCACACAGCCCACCUCCCAUAGCAGACUUUCCUGAUCCAUUUGAAUCCCCAAGACGCUCUGACACGCUUUCCCCCACCAACACCCCCAAGCUCAGGGUUUACACCAGGAACCGGCAUCCCAGCUACCCCCCUUGUCAGCGCUCACUAGGUCCCAGGCCCAUGCCCUCUCCAGGAGGUACCUCUCAGCCCCAAAGCCAUGAGAUUGUGACAGUAGGAGACUCCCUGGUGAACCCCGGCAUGCGGAAUAUUGACUCGCGUCGCCACAGCUCCCCUUCUCUCUCUCCUCCUCCCCACCAGCUGAACAGACAGAGAGUGCUGACCUCCCAAGCUCAGAUUUUGUCACGACCCCUUACCUCACCCCCUCCCCUCAUCCCCUCCCCUGCCAGAGAUCCAGAAAAGUCCAAACACCUCAGCAAAGACUCAGCAAAGAGUCCCAUCCAGAGAGAUGAUGAAAGAGGUAGGCUGUUCUCCACAGACAGAAACAGACAGCAACCAUCCAGAGACCAAGGGAUGAGAGAUCCUGACAAGGGGAGACUGUCAAGUCGAGACCAAGCUGCUAAGGAUUCUGAGAGGAACAGAUCAUCCCGAGAGCUUGGGCAAAAAGACUCUGACAAGGGUGAACAACCAGCCAAAGAGCCAGAAAAGAGGAGACCGUUGAGUAAAGACUCAGGUCUGAAAGAAUCGGAGAGGGGAAGACCUCUCAGUAGAGAUCCCUUAAGAGAUUCUGAAAAGGGGAGACAAGUAAACAGAGACUCUGACAAGGGAAGGCAGGCAAGCAGGGAGUCAAGCAAUAGAGAAACAGAAAAGAGCAAAUCAUCCUCUAGAGAUCCCAGCUAUAAGGAUAUGGAAAAAGCUAAGUCACUCAGUAGAGAUACAGGGUUUAGGGACCCUGAGAAGCAUAGACAAUAUAGCAGGGAAACGGGAAAAGACUCAGGACAAGGUAAAGACAGACCUUCUAGCAGAGACUCUGACAAGGGUAGACCUCCCUCUAGAGAUUCCAGUUAUAGAAGCACAGAGAGAAACAAAGAAUCUGGCUCAGGGAAAGAUAGUAACCCUGGCAGUCAGUCCAAACAGGCUGGAGGUGAGAGUAAGAGUCCUAGACUGGCACCUGCAAGUUCAGGCCAGUCCUCCCCUCCUGUGGGCACUGCUGUUCUCACAGGUCAGCAGAGAGGUGGCAGCACCAAGCAGACAGAAAAGCAAGGGAAACACACAGGCAAAGACCAGGAUCUUUCUGCAAGCCUCAGUUUGUUGCCUCGUCACCGGUCCACCCCCACCUCUAACAUCAUCCAGUCUAAGGACAAGCCCAGCUCAGGGAAGGAGAGUAGUAGUGGCACUGGAAAUUUAAUGCCAGCUUCACACCAUAAGGACUCUGUUGUUGGGAAAUCCAGCUCCCCACAACCUUCAUUUCAAAAGUCCAAUGCACGGAAGUCAAAUGAUUACUCAUCAGGUUCAGCCACAGCAGCAGCUAUGAAGCCUCUGUGGCCAUCAAGGACAUCAGCGGAAGAUGACGUUGUCAAGCGAGGCUCUAUGCACCUGGCCUCAUCAGCUGCAGCCUCAGCUGCCAAAGACAAACACCCCAAAGUUAAGACAACAGGCAGCAGAGAAGUGUCCAAAGACCGUGAAAAAGAGAAGACUCUCCAAAACAGCAACAGCAGCAACAAAAUUCCCCUUCUCAACAAUAAUACUAAAGCCACUGGCAGCUCCAACACACAUGCUACAAACCCCAGCUCUCACAACAGCAGCAACAGCAAAGUCCCAGUGCUUGGAAACAGCACCAAAGCCCAUGGGAAGGCUCAGGGGGAGAAGCAUGAGAACCAGGGAGGAGACCGAUCAUCCUCAAAGAGCAGGGAAAAUUACUCCUGUCCUGAGAAGAAGAAUAUCUCCAGUCUGGACAACUUACAGCAGCUGCAGCAGGCUGGUUUAGCUCCUGAGAAAGGAGUGAAGAGCUCUUCCCAGUCGCACUCCAAACAAACAACUAACCAGCUGUCAUUGUCCUCUCGAGAGAAAAAGCGAUCAGUUAAACCCCCAUCUGUAACUCUACUAAAGAGUGAUAUCAAGACUGACCCAAAUGGGACCAGCACUGUCAGUGGUAUUUCUUCUUCCUCCUGUCCAACGACCACUACCUCCACUGUUUCCCCUGCAGGCCAGGGGACCCGUCGCUCUGCCCGCUCUGCUCUCUUCUCCUCGCCCUCUGCCAGCAGCAGUGACAGCUCUGAAUCUGACACCCAGACUCAGACAGAGGACGAUGAUCUGCAUAAGGAGCACUCACGCAGUGAUCUCCGAGACCACCGCAGCCUCCUUACUCAAGGCCCUGAGGAUGAGGGUGAUGGCCCAGAAGAUGACCAUGACAGGGGUAUGGAUGAUAAACAUCACGAGGAUGAUAGUGACGGAUCAGGGUCAGCCAAGCGGCGUUACCCUCGACGCAGUGCCCGGGCGCGCUCCAACAUGUUUUUUGGCCUCACACCCUUCUAUGGCGUUCGCUCAUAUGGUGAAGAGGACCUUGCCUUCUAUGGCAGUGGGGAUGGAGCCGGGGCCGUGGUAAAGAGGAGGACUGGUAGCCGCAAGAAGUCAGCUGAGGGGCAGGUGGAUGGAGCAGAUGAUAUGAGCACCUCCUCUUCGUCAGGGGACAGUGGAGAGGAUGAAGACAGUGGAAUGAAACAGAGGGGUAAAGAUCCUUACUACUACAACUUCACCCGAACAAUAAUUAACCCUGGUGAGGGCCUUCCCUCUAUAGAAGGGAUAGACCAAUGUCUUGGAAGAGGCUCCCAGCUUCAGCGCUUUCUAAAAGAUGAGGAGCAGCAACAGCAGAGGGCUCAAGGAAAAGCUGAGGAGGACAUGCUGAGUGCUUUGACCUUAGGCAAGCAGCGCAUUGGGCAGCUCGAUGGCGUUGAUGAUGGCUCAGAGAGCGAUACCAGCAUCUGCACCACCAGCACCACAACCACUACGGCCACAUCCUCUUCCACCCCACAUAAGAGCACUCCUAAGAGAAGGGGCAGAGAAAGGCAUACUGAGAAACCUGACUCUCAUGACUCGAGCAAGGAAGCUGACAGCAGUGGAGGAGCAGUAAGCAACACGAGAGAAGGAAGAAAGAACCAGAAAGAAAAUUGUCUUCCUCUAGGAGUCGGGGUCAAGUCCCAGCCACAGAGUCAGGGUCAGGAUCCUCUUGAGGCCCAGCUGUCCCUCAGCACAGACCUGCUUAAGUCAGACUCUGACAACAACAACAGUGAUGACUGUGGGAACAUUUUGCCAUCGGAUAUCAUGGAGUUUGUUCUGAACACUCCUUCCAUGUCAAUGCAGGCUCUGGGUCAGCAGUCUGAGCCGUCCUCCUCUGAGCUGCUGCUGGAUGAAGGUUAUGUUGGGGUGGAUGUCAACCGGCGCAAAGACAUUUUGUUUGAUGAUUUUUCCCAGCCACUGCCCAGUGCUGAGAGUGGAGGAGUUGUGGAGAGCAGUGUUAACAGUUCCAUAUCUGUUGAGGAGCCAUAUCUUCCUCUGGAGCUGCCCUCUGACCUCUCUGUCCUGACUACACGCAGCCCGACUGUCAGCUCCAGUCAGAACCACACGGCUGGAAGUCUCAUCUCAGAUACCUCAGACCGCACCAUGCUCGGCUUGACCUCUGACCCGGAGACCAUCAGUGGAGAAAAGAGUGGGGACAAGAAAAGAGCAGGGCCAGGUGUGUCACCAUCAGAGAAUCAGCACGAUGCUACAACUUUGGGAAACAGGGAUACACAGGUCUCCGAAGGUCACAUGACUCCUGAGCAGUUCAUUCCCAGCCCUGCUAUUGGCCAGGUGGUUGACCCUCCAGGUAACCAGGAUGUUCCAAGGAGUUCUGGUACUCCUGGCUUGCCAAGUUCUCCUUCCCUGCCUCUUCAGGGUCAGAAGUACCUCCCAGCAUCAGCUGCAGCUGCAGGCAGCCCUAGCCCAGUCCCAGGACCAGGACCAUCCCAGGCUCAGGUUUCCAGCCCAGCAGUCAUCAAACCAGGCCCUGACAAGCUCAUUGUGGUCAAUCAGCAGUUCCAGCCCCUGUAUGUCCUUCAGACUGUCCCUAAUGGUGUCACCCAAAAAAUUAGUGCCACAGGAGUGAUGGACACUAGCUCUCCUACAGUGCUGAGCUCUAUGACACUUACCACAGGGUUGAAUACUGGUUUAUCCUCAGCCCAGCCAAUUUUUCCCGCUGGUGGCAAAGUCCUGGGCACCAUGCCUCACCCCUCUCACAUUCACACCUUCGCAGGAGCCACACAGACAGGCUUCCAGACAGGAAUCCCCAGCACCACCUCAGGCCUUCUCAUUGGGUUGCCCUCUCAGCCCCAUGACCAGUCCCAGAUUCUGGUCUCAGAGGCUGGUCGACCACACGAGUUGGGUCCCAGUGUUGCCAUAGUUUCCAGUCCCUCCUCCCUUACUUCCUCCCCAACUGUACUGGCCUCUGCUCACGGCAGGAAGAGGCCUAUCUCUAGGCUUCAGCCAAGAAAAAGCAAAAAGUUGGCCCGCUCCCGCAGCCAACCUACUCUGGCCCCUUCUGAAGUGGGACCUCCUAACAUGACCCUCAUCAACCUGUCUUCUCCUCAGAUUACUGCUAGCAUCCCUGGCCAACCUGGUGGCCUGGUUGAGUUAAGCACCCUCUCCACUUCUCAGCGCAAGGUCCCAAAUAUUAUCAAGAGACCAAAGUCGGGUGGGGUUAUGUACUUGGAUCCCACUACUAUCCUUCAGCAGAGGAUUCCUGGUUCUGCUCAGCCUGGUAUCCUUGGUCACGAUUCCUCUACUCAUCUCCUGCCUUGCACAGUCUCUGGUCUCAACCCCAGUCAGUCAGUGUUGAAUGUUGUGUCUGUGCCCCCUAGUGGUGCUACUAGUCUUCUUGCACCAGGAUCAGUCUCCCUCUCCACCCCUGUACUCAGCUCUACUGAGAUCACAGGGCCAAUUAGCAACCUCCUGUUUAAGGCAAGUCCACAUGGCUUGGGCCUGUCAGAUCAGCCAAUGGUCCUUCAAUCAGCAGGAGGAGCUCCUCUGAUGUCACAGCUUAGCUCUCCUGUGCAGACAUCUAUAGCCAGCAGCAUCUGUGUCCUGCCCUCCCAACAGACCAUCAGCAUGGCUGUCAACCAGCAAGGAGAGACAGAAGGCAGCAAUAUCCACUUACAGCAUCAGUCUCAGCCUGUUAACAGAGCCCACACUGUGGACUCCUGUCAUAACACCACUGUUACUUUAGCCCACGGCCCAGCCACCUCUCUAAGUCCUGCCAAUGGUCGUGUUGUUGGAGUGUUCACGCAAACGCAAACUUCUGCACACUCCCAGAGCAGCAGAACAACUCCUAUUUCCAGAUCAUCAGAACAAAGGCCUCCUAACUCCACCACAGUAGUGUCAGCAGCAGCCGCAGGUUCAGGAGCAGAAAAGGGCAAACAGAAAGCCAAGAGGAGCAGGCAGAGUCCAGACAUGAACAGCGGGAAAAAGCUCAAGGCCUCUCAGGCAGAGGAGCAUCACAGCAACGCUGCGGGACGACUCCCAUCAAACCUAAGUGCCAAAGAGCGGAUCUCCCCUGAACCCAUGGACACCGGCAAGCCCCUAGAUAAGGCAACCAACAAGAGUGUGCUUGGUAAAAAGAAGACAUCUGAAGGUCUUGUUCUAUCGGGGAAAGUAUUGGGAAAAGACAAACCACCUGCAGCUGGAGGAGCAGGCUCUCUUCCUGUGGCUUCACCACCUGACCAGGACGGCAACAGCAGGGAUACAGGAUUGGAUAGCAAACCCAAGAAGGGCAUCAUCUUUGAAAUCUGCAGCGAGGACGGAUUCCACAUCCGCUGUGAGAGUAUUGAAGAGGCUUGGAAAUCCCUGACUGAUAAGGUGCAGGAAGCUCGCUCCAAUGCACGACUCAAAGAGCUCUCUUUUGAAGGUGUGAAUGGACUGAGGAUGCUAGGAGUCGUCCAUGAGGCAGUGGUCUUCCUGCUGGAGCAGCUGUACGGUUCCAGACACUGUCGGAGCUACCGUUUCCGCUUCCACAAACCAGAGGAAACCGAUGAACCUCCCAUCAACCCCCAUGGCUCGGCUCGUGCAGAAAUCCACCACAGGAGGUCUGUAUUUGACAUGUUCAAUUUCUUGGCCUCAAAACACCGGCAGCCUCCUGAGUACAGGCCGCAGGAAGACGAUGAAGAGGAAGGGCAACUCAGGACUGCCAGGCGUGCCUCCAUGGAACUACCAAUCGCUGUGAGAUUCAAACAGCUCAAGGCCACCUCCAAGGAAACUGUCGGAGUCUACAGGUCUCCCAUUCAUGGCCGAGGUCUGUUCUGCAAGAAAACCAUCGAUGCUGGGGAAAUGGUCAUUGAAUACUCUGGAAAUGUCAUUCGGUCUGUGCUCACUGACAAACGGGAGAAAUAUUAUGAUGGAAAGGGCAUUGGCUGUUACAUGUUUCGCAUCGAUGACUAUGAGGUGGUGGAUGCCACAGUGCAUGGCAACGCAGCCCGCUUCAUCAACCACUCCUGUGAGCCCAACUGCUACUCUCGUGUCAUCACUGUGGACGGCCUGAAGCACAUCGUCAUCUUUGCCUCUCGCCGCAUCUACUGUGGAGAGGAGCUCACCUACGACUACAAGUUCCCUAUAGAGGAUGCCAGCAACAAGCUGCCCUGCAACUGCGGUGCAAAGAAGUGUCGCAAGUUCCUCAACUGAUUUCCAUAUCAAAACAAUUUAGAGAGGACUGCAGGUCUCUUGAGCAGAAGUGCCACGAUGUUCUGAGGACGCCCCUGCUGGGGGUUUACCGUGGCACUGGCUUUAUGCCGAUCCUGAGUCAGGUCCACGUAGGACCACAGCUGCCAACAGGGCACGAGCUCUGACUGUGUUUCUGCAGCUGAUGUUGGCAGAACAAAGCAGAGACAGCGGUUGUGGGUCGUACUGUAUAUGCAGGAAGGGCCAUUUUGGCGGAGGGGCCAUUUGUAGAAAUUCCAACAUAUUGUGCCUCCGUUUGUCUCAUUUAUAUUUUGGAAUGGGAAGUUUCACCUUCAGAGGUGAGUUAUGAAACGGUUUGAGCCUUCACAACAUUACAAUAUUAACUUUUAUUUACAUUUGGAUGAUAAAGUUACCCCUUCAUAUUCUUUUUACAUUGGCCCAUCCUCCUUAAUUUUCUAGAAAUACGUUAUCGUCCACUAAUGCUGAGAUUUGAACAUAGAAGAAAAAAAAAAAUCAAAGAACUUGGUUCCAUUUUACACCAAAGUGCAAUUUGUUGAAGGGACUUGGAACAGUAAUUUUACUAGAAAGAAAAAUUAAAACUUGUUAGAACUUGUUUUUUUUUUUUUUGUUUGUUUUUUUUAUCUCGGUGUCAGCUGUUAUUAAUGCGCAUCUCCCUGUCUGAAUGUGCCCUGAUGCCUUCAGAGCCGUUGCGAUUUACUGGAACCUUCCCCUAACUGGGCUUUUUUAAAAGCUUGUAGGUGUGUAUAUUCGACACUGUAAAUAGGAGCUGCAUGUGUGUAGCAGCCUGAUAAGAGCUGUACAGGCGGAAACACUAGAGGGAGCAGUGGCCACAGGGAGGAAGAGAGAGAAAAGAAACAAGGGGGCUAGAAAUGUAGAUUUGUUUUAAAAAAAAAACAAGAGGUUAUUUUUGGUCAUUGGUGUAAAGGAUGAUAGCUGAGGUUGAUAUCAUCCUUUGUACUUGAGCUAAUGUUUAGUCUGACAGCUUGGUAGCUAUGUAGACAUGUUGUUGAUGGGAUUAAGCCUCUGGCCUGAGAGAGCGAGGCAGCUAGAGAUUCUGGUGGACUGACAGCCAAGGGACUGGUAAACCCUACUGAUGUGCUUUAGUAGACAUAUUUAUAAUUGAUUUUUGGAGCUGUGAUCUAGAAACAGCCAUGGAUUUUACAGAAACAUACAGACAGACGUGUUACAAGUUUGUGCAUGCUGUUGUUGAUAUCAGUUUUUUGGUAAUUAUAUAAGCUUGGAUUUUUGAACCACGUUCCAAAUUACAGCAGCAAAGAGAACCAAACAUCACACCCUAGAAUUGAAUUUUCACACCACUUGUUUUCUUCUUGGCCUGUUGUGAUAACCAUUACUAUGGAAAAUGUUUUUUAUUUGUAUUAAGUCUUUUAAAGUCUUGUCUGUUAUCUGUCUUUUUAUUAUGGACAGGGAAGUAUCAUGCUUGCUUUUAAAAAACAAAUGUAAAUAAUGUAUAUUUUUCUACAAAAAGACUUAAAAAGCACUCACUAGUGAAUAGCACUUAAUGAUGGUAUUUAUAUUUUUAAAAAAUCGUAUUUAUUUUAUUGCCAUUUUUGUAGGAAAUAGAGGUUUACAAACACUAAUGCUUGGUCUCUAUGUUUUGUAUUCCGCUGCCUUUUCAAAGUUGUUUUGUCGUAAUUUUCUUUUUCUUUUUUAAUUUGUAGCCUGAAUGUUUUCUUUGAUUCCAAAGACUGACGCUGGUCUGUGGCUUGGUCCCCUUUUAGUUCAGUCCACCAGUAGCUCUUUAUCUAUCCCGGGCCGUUUGGUCAGAUAUGACAUAUUUUUAUUUUCAUUGUUCCAGUUCUAGCUGGCAGUGUGGCAGUCAUGUGAACUAUUAUUAUGCACUUGAGAGAGUUCAGAUUGUUGAUCCAUAGCAGAUAUCUCCUCUCUCCAGCCUUAUUGUCUCCACACCACACCACAUCACACCAAGAAUCAAGUCCACUUACAGGCUGCUGCCAGGCAGCCAUAUCAAAAUGAUUUGGGUUUUCUUCUCGUUAAUAAACCAUGGGUCAGCAGACUUGGAGUCAAUUGGCUAUAUACAAAAUAUUCACAUGUAAAAUCCAACCAGAGACCUGUCAGUUUAAAGUGUUUUGUCCCUGUGCAGUCUAUAAAAAAGAGGUGCCUUUAUUUAAAGCUACCAACAGCAUUCGACAUAUCUCCGUUUAGCCAAUCCAUUUAUUUUAAAAAACCACUUUGUUUUGGUGACUACUCAGUAGUGAUCACCAGCAUUUGGAAAUCACUUUUUAUUCUUUUGUUCAGUCUCCUCGUGGUUUGCCUUAGUUGUAAAUGAGCAUGCCUCUUAUAUCUUACAAGCCUUCAUGUCCUGGACUGAAUAUUUAAUUGGACUGUUUUGACUGGUUCUGACGUCACUUGCUUUGGUUUUGUCCCUUUUUUAAAUUAAUUUAUUGUUGUCCGCCGUUCAUGCUGACUUCCUUAUCACCUAAACGCCGUUAGCAGUUAUUCCCACACUGCCCUUUGUUGUUGUGAACUGAAACAAAAAAGUGACCCACACAUGGUUUGCACUUUAGCUGUGACACAGGCACUGAAUAGACAUAGGAAAACUCAGCUCUUUCUCCAGACAGACAAUGCAACUCCAAUGCUGAAACCACAAGCACAGAUAGUCACUGAGAAUACUUUGAGUUUGUGCAUUAGGCCCUGAGUUCAGUCAACCUAGAACUGCUCUUGAUGACUCCUGAAAGUGAGGCUCUAGCAAAGUGCACUUGACUCAUUUUCUGCAACAAAGUGAAGGCAGGGACCACACCAGCAGCCCUUUCCUUCCUGAAAGUGCAUUCUGCACAAACCUUGGCUGUGCUUUUCCAUUUAGGGCCCAAGAUCGGGUCUUCUCAGGUCUUGAGGCCCAUUCCACCCUGACUGACAUGCCAGCCUUGUGGUUGUACAGCUGUACUUACACUGGGCUCGCUGGGUUCAGCUGCUAAGGUCAACAAUGAAUGUAUAUUCCUCCUCCACAUCACCAAACUUGUGAUGAUGUCGAUAUGUUGUCAGCCACAUUUGUUUUCAGUUCUUGCGUCAACAACCCUGGUAGAUAUGGACGAUGUGUAGAUAUGACCUCAAGCUGGGCAGCAGCAGUUUCAUUUUCAGCACUGAGAAUAAAUGCUGACGUGUGAACAGCAGUGGCAUUUCUGUCUGUAGGACAAAAGGUUCUUACUGGGUUAGCUCAACAGUUCACGUUAGCGUCGGUGAUAACACGUUCACCGAUGCCAAGGGCUCUGUCUACAACGCUCACUUCUGGAGAUCCACAUCUGCAUUUUCAGGGUCGGAGGGUUCAUUGAACAAUAAGUCAUUUAUUUCACUGUUUUAAACAACAUAUACAGUAUACAAUAAGGAAAUGCUCUCUGUUGUUUCUUUGGACUUCAUUUUACCACGCCACACCAGUGGCCCUUCUCCGUCAUUAUCUGUAAUUAUAGUAUAAAUACAUAACAAUAUUAUACGGAAACAUGCAUAGUAAUUUCUUGUACUUUAGUAUCUAUACAAUAUAUGGAAUGGACAGACAAACUUAGUUACAGUAGCAAAACAGCAGAUUUAUAAUGGUUAAUAGCAAUGUUUCAAUGUACUCUAUAAUGGUUUUGUGUUACAGUACUAUCAGAUGAAACUAACGUGCAUCAUUCUUUUGUAUAUUGAUAUCCAGUACCAAUUUUGCUGUGCCUGUGAGUGUUCCUUCGCCAGCAAGGAACAUUGCAGUUUUUCUUUUUCUUUUCUUUCUGGAAACGAACGGUUUUUAUGUGAUGAGAAAUGUAACUGUAUUAAUGUGGUUGUGAACUUCUUGAGGUCAGCCAUUUUUUUUCCCCCCUCCUGGUUGUUGUAGUGAAUGUUUUUCUGUUUUUUCUUUGUACGUUUUAACAGGGACUUUUUAGACGGCUUACUUGAUGUGUGGUAUAAAUCAAGAGUUUGGUUUGUGGAGACUGAUCAGGAGUUUUAAAGAUCGCACCAAAAUGGCGUUUCACAUUUUGGAAACCUCUCAUGUCUCCCCGACCAUCUCUCUCUCCUCCGAAGCUUUGGUUGUACUUAUCAUGUACUGUUUUUAUAGAAAGUCAUAAUGCUGAGAUAAUGCUGAUGUUGAAAACAUUUAAUUUAUUUAUUUUGUGCAACAUCCACCCUGAAUUGUUGUUUUACAAGUCAAGGUUUGGGAGAGGUCGGGCAAGUACUUAACAUGUAUUUGUAAUUUUCUACUUGUUUCUUGUGUAUAGAAGUUGUCAGCCUAGGAUGGGAUGUGGUGUCACAGAGGGAGCGGACGUAGGAUGUGCUAACAGAGGGGGUCAUGGAUCAGGAACAGGCUUGUUUUCUUAUGCCUUGAAUAUACCUUUGUCUUAUCAAUAUUCCUCCUGCUCUCUGUAAUAACGGUAUUCACGAGUUCAAGUCAUAUUUUCUCCCAUUUUAACAGUGUUCUUUCAAUACACAUCAACGAAAUGAAGGAAAACCACCACAGUGAAAAUAAACCACAAACUACUUGGUUGAAUGUAUAAUUAGGAAACAAAGUUGUAUAUAAAUGUAAAAAGAAAAGUUUCUAAUCAUGUUUAUUUUCUAUGCACUUUUUUA